AUUUUGUAAGGAAAAUAAAAAUUGAAAGCAGCCCCCUUUUCGCGCCAAUCCGCAACAUUCCGCUCGCCAUUUCUUGGGAACGCCCCGAUUUUCCAGGGUGUCACGACACUUCCAAGUGCUAUCGCAAUGGUUUCUCGAAGAAAGGGAGGCGGUGGAAGAGCUGUCGUCGUCGGAAAUGGAACCGUCACCGACCUUCCUGCUCCAGGGUACGAGCAGCUUAGGGAUCAAAGGGUUAGGGAAAACCUUGACAGGAUGCAGAAACUUGGAAUUAUCGAACUUUCUCUCAAGCUUAAGUCCACUCCUGCCGCCGCUCCAAAACGAUUUCCCAAAAAAUUUUCUCAGAAGGAACCGCCGACCAGAUCCCCAGCGGACGAACCCUACAGGCGCUCUUCCAGGUUGAAGACAUUGACUCCAGUUAGUUAUGUAGAGAUCCGUCCGAAAAGUAAGAAUGGAAAUUCUAAAAGUAAUGAGAUUCACAUAAAAGAAGGCUCGCAACCAGAAAUUUACACAGAAGAAGAUGCCAAGCUUUUGGGAGAUUGUGAAUCAGAUUGGGUUCUUGGUGUGGAUGGAUAUGGUCAAGAUGGAAAGCGUUUGUAUGAUCCUGUCAAUGGAAAGUCAUGUCAUCAAUGCAGGCAGAAGACUCUUGGUCACCAUACUCAUUGCAGCAAAUGUAAAUUAGGCCAGGGGCAAUUUUGUGGAGAUUGCUUGUACGCACGAUAUGGGGAGAAUGUGAUGGAAGUGAAUUUGAAUCCCAAUUGGAUCUGCCCAGUAUGUCGAGGUAUUUGCAACUGCAGUUUGUGUCGACAAUCAAACGGAUGGAUGCCGACUGGUGCUAUAUAUAGAAAGGUCCACUAUUUGGGUUUCAAGUCUGUGGCUCAUUAUCUCAUUCAAACCCGUUGCAAUCAAACGAACCAGAAAGGCUCAAGUUCAAAACGUGUAGAUGCUGGAGAUAGUUCACAAGCUUUGGCAAACACUGGAUUGGCAAAUGACCCACAGGAACAUGACAAUUCCCUGUCUUCUGUCGAUAGCCUCGACAUUGAAGGUACAAUGGAAUAGCCGCAAUUUUCAGACUGUCAGCAUCUUAAGAAUUGGAUGGAAGAGGGGAGAAGAACGAUAAAGCUAAGUUGGAUUCUAACAGCUAGGAACAGAUUAUCAUAGUGGAUCUGAAGUCUCUCUCUAUUAGGAUAUGAUCUUGAUGAAAAAAAUCACUCUAUGAUCAAGAUCGUUUAAUUUUGUGAGGUGACUAAAUAGAAAAGAGAAAAAGAUAUCCCUUCAGAUCUAACAUCUUUUGUAUAGAAACUUUUAACAUCUAUGAUGGUCACUAGUCACUACUCUCAAUAAUGCAGAAUACAGUUUAGCCAUGGAAAUCAAUGAUAUUAUGCUGCAUUAUGUA